AUGUUUUGGAUAAAGGAAAGUUGUGAUCUGUGCACGGAACUGAACGCUGACGAGCUACUGAAACUUCGAGAAGAACUGAACUUUUUGGUUUACAAGAAUUUUGUUAAACUUAAAAAGAUGUCGCAAUACGCAUCCCGGCUUGUCGAAAUGGCAGGCACGCUGGAGCCAGGAACGGUGAUCCGCCCAACAAUCGACGAGGAAGGAGUGAAGCUCCUGGUAGAACGUCUCUACGGGAUCUCAGCGCUAGAGCUGGUGAAACUCAACGGCUACGAUGACAAGAACUACAAGAUCACUGAAGAUCCUAAUGUGAAGAAUCCUCUCAUUACCUCACAUUCUGAAAAUGGCUAUGUUUUGAAGAUUAUGAAUACUAUCGAUUCCCAGAAUGUUGCUGUGGUUGAAGCUCAGAAUGAAAUUAUGAACUUUUUGGGAGCCCGAGGAAUAACCUGUCCCAAGCCAAUCCGCAACGUGUACGGUCAUCUCCACUCCAUUGAGACCAUCAAUGGGAAACAGCACGCGGUACGACUCCUGGAGUACAUCCCUGGAGAGCUGCUGCAAGACGUGCCAACGUCUGAGGCCCUGAUGUACCAGCUCGGAGAAUUUGUUGCCAACCUGGACACUAAACUGCAGAACUUCAACCACUCGGGUCUUAUAUCCCGCGAGCAUAUGUGGAUGCUGACGAAGAUACCAGAACUGAGCAAGUUUACCUACGUUAUCAAGGAACAAGAAAAACUGGAUUUGGUUGAAGAGGUAAUCGAAGAGUUCAAGUACGCGGUGCUCCCUCGCCUGGACGAGCUGGAGAAGGGCGUCAUCCACGGUGACGUCAACGAGAUGAAUGUGAUCGUGGGGCUGAAACCUGGAAGCAGUAACAGCGACUACCGUAUCACCGGCAUCAUCGACUUCGGUGAUAUCCAGUACUCCUACUACGUGUUCGAGGUGGCGAUCACCAUGACAUACAUGAUGCUCAUCACUGGAGACCCUCGCGCCGGGGGCUACGUACUCGCCGGGUACACUGUCAACAGGAGAUUGCCUGACGAGGAGUACAGGCUAUUAAAGGUCCUCAUCUCCUCCCGUCUGGUUCAAAGCCUGGUACUUGGAGCGUACACUCGUGAGCAGGAUCCUUCGAACGCGUACGUCUCUUCCACUGAGAAGGCCAAAGGCUGGGAGCUUCUCAAAAAGAUCCGUAAGACGAAGCCUACUGAAGAAGGUGACCCUUGCGAUUGGAAAGCAAUAGCCAAUGAAUAUUUGACCAGGAGUUAA